AUGUCUCUUGACCCUGCACAGCCAUACACCACCAAACAAGCAUACACCAACAUCCUUACAUCUCUGCAUUCUACACCUAGCGCAGCCCAGCAUGACGACCCUAACCCACUCGCAGAGCCCGGCGCAUAUGAGCUCUCCGCUCAUCAGCAGCCUAGACGCGACAAAGGCAAGCCCCGCGAGGAGGCGACUGCCGCUGGCGGCCUUGCCUCAACCAUAGUCCGCGUCACUGACCCCCAAGCCAUCGAAGACGAUGGUGCAGACCAUAGCACACAUGUUGACGCGCCUACCAGGCAUCCGCCGGCCAUCACCGACGCCUCGGAACUCGCGCCGGAGCUUCUCACGCGCAUCUUUGCCUUCCUGGAUCCCGUCUCGCUCUCACGCGCUGCUGCCGUCUGUCGCUCGUGGGCCUUCAUAGCACGCGAUGAUGCUACCUGGAGAGCCGCAUUUGCCACCUACUUCAGCCUCGAAGCAGCCCAAGCCCACCGCGCCGCCUCGCUCGAGGUGUCUGCUACCCCUGCUCUUCGUCGUCUCACCAAUGCAUCUUGGCGCCAAGAGUUCCAGCAGCGCGUCGAUCUCCUCCGACAGUGGCGCAAAUCCCGGACACCUACCGUGCUCUCCACCCCGCGCGUCGAUCUCAUCAAAAAGAUCUCGCUGUCCAAACAGCAUCGCCUGCUCAUCUCGGCCACCGACACGUACGGCGUCGCAUCGCGAUCAAACCCUUGGACCGGCAAGGUCACCAAGGGCUACCUUGAUGCUGAAGGCACCGCAAAUGGCGCGGGAAACGGCAACCCCAACGUAGAAUUCAGUCCCAAUGUUUCCAGCCUCAACGCGAGCUCAGAUGCUUCGCAGAUCUUUUGGGGCUUCCGCUCGGGCGAGGUGGGCAUGACCACGAUGUCUAGGCAAGGCACCAAUCCGCGCGGUGCUAUCAGAAGCAUCCGCUUCACGCCUCGCGCCUCCCAUGCAGGACCUGUCACCGCCAUCGCCAUUCCCUUUGCUAGCGAUAGCGAUGGGGCGCACGGCCCAGGUCGCAGUCCGGAACGUCUGCGACAGGCUAUGGCCAUGCUCGGCGACGUCGCCUCCACCUUCGUCACUGCCGGGUUUGACGGCACCGUGCGCAUGUGGUCUUCCAAUCGCUCCUGGCCGCUGUGGGUAGCCACUUCUUCAACCAAAUCGCCCGUGUCCAAUGCCAUCUCGUCCGCUACCCCGGCUCAGAGCAAUGCCGCGCCUGCCGCUCCCAUUUGCGCGCUCGCUUACGAUGCCAAAAGCGGUAUCGUCGCAGCUGGCAGCACCACCGGCAAGAUCUUUGUCUGGACCAACAUCGAUGUCGGAGCACUCCUCCGCAUCCCUCCGCAAGCCACCGAUCCAGACCAUCUCGCUAAUGGCGCUCCGGAACCCGAGACACUUGAAGCUCAGGCACUAUUUUCCCGCCUUUCGCAGUCGAUCCGCUCCACGACGAUCGAAGUGCCGCCAGGCUCUGCGGCACAAGUGGCCGUCAGCUCCAUCGUCAUCGACCCUGCCUCCACAGCGAGCGGCAAAGGCUCCGACGCAGCCAAUCAUGCCGACGACUGCUCGAUUCUCGUCCACCAUUCCGGAGCUCGGGUGCUGCUGCGUCAUCGUCUGUUUCAAGAUUCUUCAUUCCCCGUUGAGACAACCGUACUCGGAGCUGCAGUCAUGGAUGAGAUCACCGCCAUUCGACCCGACUUUGAGCCUCGCUUACCGAAGCGUGACUCUAGACCUUCGGCUACUCAGAGUCCGUCGACAAGCGUAUAUGCUUCACCCACGCUUUCUGCCACUAGGCCCGAGAUGGGAGGACAGCCCGCCACGAUCGUUCUCGGCCCUUCUCCGUUCGAGAGCUACGAUGGCUCUGGCCAGUAUCCUGAGCGCAAAUUCGUCUGCGUCGGCACCAAAGCUGGAGCUCUGUUCCUCUUUGACUGGGAGAGCAGCGGCUCCACCUUCGACGAGACCACGCAGCAGGAGUGGCAGGGCCACAACCCGCCCCGCUUCCGAGGCCAAAAGCAGCUGCUCCCCUCCAUCGGUUGGGAAGCGCACCACACCUCGGUGACAGCGCUCGAAGUGACUCCUCUGCACAUCUUUGUCGGCACCUCGGACGGCACGAUCAAGGUGUUUGACUCGCUCGCUGGCGACCUUAUCCGCACCAUCAACGACCGUACUGCAACGCGCCACCCGGCACGCAUGCUUGCUGCUGGCGAGCUAACAGAGACCGAGGCGGCACGCUUCCGUGUUACGCAGAUAAUCGCUGAUCACGAAUGCCUCGUUGCAAGUAUCGGCCACCAAAUUCUGGCGUUCCGAGCCGAGCCUGUGCUCAGCAAGCGUGCAGCUGCAGCAGCUGCAGCAGCUGCCUCUUCAAGCAAGGGCAAGGGUGGAAGGCCCAGAUUGUCGGACAAUAAGUACGCGAUGCAGGUCGAACUCAAGCGCGACUUGCGCGAGUCCAAGGCGGAGCUCGAGGCCGAACACGAGGAGAGGCAGGCCGAGUACAGCUCGAUCCGCAAUCGGCAUGGAUUCGAGCUGGAAGGCUUGAGCGAGCAGGAGGCGCUCGAAUAUGCUCUCAUGCUGUCGCGCGAUGAAGAAGCCGCUACUGCCACCACCAAAGCUCAGUACAUGGGCGGCAGUGGCUACGUGCCUGGUUCGCACGCCUCCUCGAGUCGCAAGAAAAUCCAAGUGCCCGAACAGGUGGUGGAUGACCCGGAGCUUGCCGAUGCGCUCGAGCAGAUUGCGCUUGCCGAAUCCAAGGCCGAGGCCGAACACGCUUAUCGCUAUACUCCGGAGCCACCGGUUUCGUUCUACGAUGCAGCUCGGGCUCCCCCAUCGCGCAGCAGUCGGCGCAGCAGCUCAUCCGCUUCGUCAUCGGCCAACACGACCGGUCGUCGGCGAUACAGGAUGUUGGACGAUCACGAUUUUGGAGCGCACGACGAUCUGGAACAGGAACUCGAGGACGAUGAGGAGAUGGACGCGUACCUGCGGCCGUCGCCUUCGCCGUCCCCAUCGGCUUCGCCGUACUUGGCGGGGGUGGUGUCGCCGCCGGCUUCGCGCGCCUGGACGAUCCUCUCGCAGGCAGGAGCGAACGCGACGACGCCCGCGCGCUCGGCGGAUCGGUGGGGGAAGAACUCAAAGGUGCGGACGGUGAACGUGCCGUUCAGUGCGAGGCUGGGGUCGCCUACGCCCGCGGAAGCAGUUUCGAUCUCGUCGAGCUUGAGCAGUGCGAGAGGAGGAAGCGCGUUGUCGCCGCCGGAGUUGAGCUCGCCCAGGGAUUUCCCGGCAAUGGCGUCGUCGAUUCCAGGGUCGAUGGCGGCGUCGCCGCAGCCGCAGCGCGGGUCGUUUUCGGGAGGAGCGGGUGAUGGGCUUGGAGGAGGAGGGACAUCGCCGUUCCUGCGCAGGGCUAGUUCGGGAAUAUGUGCGACUGGCUCACCUGGAACUGGAGCUGGAACCGGAGUUGGAGCGGGGAAGUGGAACAGGAGUCCGAACUUGAGGCCUGUGGCGUCGCCGCCGUCGCAGCGGCCGUCGGCGUGGACCGGCUCGCGCAGUGGGUCGCAGGUGGGCAGCCAGUCGUCGCUGUUGGCUGCUUCGCUGCGUUCCGCUGCGGUCGGGGAUGGGGCUGCAGCAGGGAAGGCGAAGGAGAAGGGCAAGGGCGUCGAAGUCACAGAUGCCGGCAUUACGGACGACGACGAGUUGGACGAGGACACGCGGUUUGCGAUCCAGCUCAGUCUCGCCGAGCAGCGCUCGAGGCGCGAUGUGUAG